AUGAACGGUGGUUCUGCUGAUCCGGCCUCCGCAUGGCUCAGGUGGCAUCAAAGGUCCAAGGUAGCCCAUGAGGCCGAUGGCGGUGUCCACUGCCAAGACCGAGAUGGGCCAGAUCCCCACACAUCCACCACAACCUGGAGAAGUUGGGUGGUGGACCCGGCUGAGCACUUCUAUUACGUUUGGCUACAGCUCAUGAUUCUGCCCGUGGUCUACAACUGGGUCGUCAUCAUCCUCAGGACAUGUUUUCCUUCCAUCGCCCUGGGCUAUCUGGCAGUGUGGCUCACCCUGGACUACGCAUCCGACCUGAUGUACGCCGCCGACAUGAUCAUUGCUGUACGUUCGGGCUACCUGGAGCAGGGCAUCCUGAUAAAAGACACGGGUCGACUAAAGAGUCGCUACCUUCACUCCAGGCGUUUUUUCUGCGACCUGGCAUCCCUGCUGCCUACCGAUUUGUUCUACCUGGUGUUCGGGACCCAGGCGACAACAGUGAGGAUCAACCGUCUGCUUCGGACACCGCGACUCAGCGAGGCACUGGACCGCAUGGAGACCAGGACCUCGUAUCCCAACACCUUCCGCAUCACCAAGCUGAUGAGCUACAUCUUCGUGCUGAUCCACUGGAACGCCUGCCUCUACUUCGCACUCUCCAACUAUAUCGGCUUCGGGAGCGAUGGAUGGGUUUACCCCAACAUCUCCAACCCGGUGUUCGAGUCUACCCGCCGCCAGUACUUCUACUGCUUCUGGUUCUCAGCACAGAUUUUCACCACUGUCGGAGACACGCCGCUGCCCAGUCACGAAGAGGCGUUCCUGUUCAUGAUAGCAGACCUGCUCAUCGCCGUGCUGGUGUUCGCAUCCAUCGUGGGCAACGUGGGCAACGUCAUCACCAGCCUAAGGGACCGCGACAACGUCUUUUUUCCCAAUCACGAGUUGGUGAAGGCCUACCUGCGCAGCCACUACAUCAGCAAGGAGUUGCGUCAGCGCAUUGACAACUGGUACCAGCACCUGCACAUCAACAAGAAGAUCAUGCGCGAGAACGAGAUUCUGCAGCAACUACCAGUCCACCUCAGGACCGAGAUUGCAGUCAGCGUACACCUACCGACCCUCUCUAAGGUUACCAUCUUCCAGAGGUGCGAGAAGAGCCUCCUGGAGGAGCUGGUGCUCAAACUCAUGCCACAGGUGUUCAGUCCAGGGGAAUACGUGUGCAGGAAGGGUGACGUGGGCCAUGAGAUGUACAUCAUCAAAGAAGGCAAGCUGGCUGUGGUGGCAGACGAUGGCGUCACUGAGUUUGCUGUGCUCAGUGCAGGAAACUUCUUUGGAGAAAUCAGCAUUCUCAACAUCAAAGGCAACAAGUCGGGCAAUCGGCGCACCGCUAACAUCCGAAGCAUCGGCUACUCGGACCUGUUCAGCCUGUCCAAAGAAGACCUGACAGACGUACUGUCUGAGUACCCGGAGGCCAAGCACCACCUGGAGGAGAAGGGCCGUCAGAUUCUCACCAAGAUGGGCAUGCUGGAGGAUGGUGGGGCAACAGAAGGGGGUGGUGCCCAGAAAGUGGAGACCAAGAUCGGCAGGCUGGAGAGCAUCCUGGAUGCUCUGCAAACCAAACUGGCUCGCCUCAUGGCGGAGGCCGAGUCCAGCAACCGCAAGAUGGAGGCCCGCGUGGCUCUCCUGGAGUUGGAGCUGGAGGCCCGCUAUGGCCGGCCAGCAGAGGGGGGUGCUACAGAGGGAGACCACCACGGGGACGCACAGCAGCGAGGUGAAGGCGCGGGCGAGGAGGCCGUGAGUGAGCGAGAGGAGGUUGAAGGUGAGGAGGACGAACGCCAAGUAGGUGGUGAGCUGGACAAGGAAGGCGACGGCAAGAGCACCAAAAGCACCAAGGACGAUGCGGAAACGGUGAUGAUGGAUAACGAAAAUAAUCAAACCAUCUGACGCUUUUCUCUUGCCUCUUUAUUUCAAUAAAAUAUUUAACACUUCACCACUUCCCACACUUUUCUACGACAUGCAAUAUUAGACAUUACUGUCACUAGGUAGUCAUUAGGGAUCAUACGGCUCUUGUCUUACUCCUCUGGAGAAUCUGACUACAUCAGCUGACGACUUGAUAUACUUUGAGACCACCAACACGUCACUGGUGGAACAACAUGACUGGUACAGUUUUGUCGAAA